CAACUUGUCAACACCAUGGGCAGUAACCGAUCCAGCAGGUACAGCACGGUUCCUCCAGAUGUGGAGGUCCUGAAGAUCGCCAUGUUCACACUACGCAAUGGUCCUGGCUCACCCAGACACCUCCCCUCACCCAGACAUCUCCUGGGCGGCACCAGGGUAGGUGAGGCCAUAAAGAACACCUACAAUGGGAAGAUGACCACCAGGGGGCGUGGUCAGCUCCGCAGCCGCUUCGUGAAGAAGAAUGGCCAGUGUAACAUUGUCUUCUCCAACAUGGACAAUAAGCUACGUCGCUACAUGUCGGACAUGUUCACCACCUGUGUGGACAUCCGUUGGCGCUACCUGCUGCUGCUCUUCUGUGUCUCCUUCCUGGUAUCAUGGCUGAUCUUUGGACUGAUCUUCUACUGCAUAUCCCUGGCACAUGGAGACUUUGACCCUGACCGGUACAAGGUCUCAGCGGUUAGUGGCGAGCAACAGAAGGCAUGGACACCAUGCCUGCUCCACGUGGAUAGCUUCCUUGGGGCUUUCCUGUUCUCCAUCGAGACGCAGACCACCAUUGGCUAUGGCUUGCGCUGUGUCACUGAGGAGUGCCCCAUUGCUGUAACAAUGGUGCUGGUACAGUUCAUUGUAGGGUGCAUCAUUGACUCCUUCAUGAUCGGCGCCAUCAUGGCCAAGAUGACACGGCCAAAGAAGAGGAACCAGACUUUGUUGUUCUCCGAGAAUGCAGUGGUGGCACUGCGUGACGGGAAGCUCUGCCUGAUGUUCCGUGUGGGGAACCUGCGCAGGAGCCACAUCGUGGAGGCACAUGUGCGGGCGCAGCUGAUCCGACCGCACGUGACCGCAGAGGGUGAAUUAAUUCCACUGGAGCAAACGGACCUGAAUGUGGGCUACAAUGAGGGCCUCGAUCGUCUCUUCCUCGUCUCACCCCUCAUCAUUGUCCACGAGAUCGACCAGGACUCACCACUGUGGGCCGUAAGUCGUGCUGAACUGGAAGCGGAUGACUUUGAGAUUGUGGUGAUCCUGGAGGGUAUGGUGGAGGCCACGGCCAUGACCAUGCAGGCCCGCAGCUCCUACUUGGCCCACGAGAUCCUCUGGGGACACCGUUUCGAGCCAGUCGUCUUCGAAUACCACAACUGCUACCAGGUGGACUACACUCACUUCCACAAGACCUACAAAGUUCCAGCGACCCCGGCCUGCAGCGCCAAAGAGUUAAGCGAGCUGCAUCAGAGUUGUUGCUCGUCAUCUUCGUCAUGCUCCGGGACGCUCGUCAGCUGCAGAACUCUGUACCUGAAACCCUCUCACUCACCCAGCACCUUCUGCUAUGAGAACGAGGUGGCGCUCUACUCUGGGGAUGAAGAUGAGGAUGAGAGGGAAAGUGAAAAUGUAGAAGACAAUCUCACGGUGCAGGACACAGACCUGACAGCUUUGACUGCGACCAGCAGUACCUUAGACUUCCAACAGAUGUUCAAGGACACAGCGACCUUAAGGGCCAGCAGUGAGACUGUCUGCAUGCUGGACAUGGACAACCAGACUGAGUUUGAUGUGCAAAGCACCAUACUGCUCGAUCCACUCACCUAUAAGAACGAGUCAGAGAUAUGACAUGUCAACCCCUGAUCCAGCCUCAGCAUCUACUCUUUUUAGAUUAACUUAAAUGAAAAGGCUGAUUCAAAGAUUGGUAAAGGCUGGUAAUUUGGCACAUUUUUAGUUGGAUUCAAGUGCCAAUAAUCCAACUGGUUAAAGAAAUGGCCUCCUUGCAUGCUCUGAUUUAUGUACUAAAGCCAUACAGAUUCUCUCUGAAGAGGACACACAUCAAGACAGACACUGACCUUCAACCAUGCUGUAUCCCAUGACUGUAUAGAUCAUUUCAGAACACCUCAUCUGACUAGUGAAGGCUGAUCACAUGGGUUGGUUUUGAAUCUCUAUACCUAAAUCCCACAUCCUUUCUUUGGAACAGUGAAUGGUCAAAGGUACAGAGAAUCAAAACAUAACAAGUAGAUGUUGGCGGAAUCUCUCUCAGGUGAAGAGAUUAUAGACUAUGUAAUAAACUAAACUAAAGAAAAUGUAUAGCACAUAUGUAUAGCACCUAAAAACCUCCAAAAACAAACAGUACCAAAGUUGGAAACAUGUACUUUUACACACCCUGAUAAGGGCAUUGUGGUAGAUACUGGUGUUCUUUUAGUCUUGCUCAAGAAACACAAAAUUUUCAUGACAUUUUAGCACUCAUGGCAGGGGAGCAUGUGUUUAUUCAUACAUAAGAUUAAAGAGAACCUUAAAUUGUCAUCAGAGACAAAGAAAUCCUAACCAAUUGGUCACUAAAUGAGACAUGCAGAACUUCAUUUACAUUUCUGUCCAGUUACAAAGGUGGGUUGCUGCUUCCUUUGGGUCUACCAAUCCUUGUGUUAUCUCUGUUCCUGUGUGGUGAAGGUCAGAACUACCAUACCAGGGUGUACUCCCUUACAAAGACUGGAACAAAGGCCCUCUCUCACAUACAACCAGAGCAGGAACUUUCAUAAUACUUAACACAGAUUCCUUAUGAACACAAAUAAUAUGUAAUACAUAUAUGUGUAAAAUAUAUGAAUGAAAUGGUAGAUUAAAGAUGAAAGAUCAGUAGCACAACAGACACUCAGAAAUAAAGUUUAACACAACUAGUAUUGUAUAUAAUCAAUUAUAAUCUGCUAAUAGUGCAUGGUAACAGUCAACAGAUUCCAUCUAAGGCAGUCUGUUAAGCUUUACUUUUUCAAAUUUUCAUCUGUAAUUUUUACUCAAUGGGACAAUGGUGGAAGAAGAGUAAAGUUUCACCGAUUGUAGAAGUAUAAAGACACAGUGAUGCUUUUAGAGAGGAGUGAACGAGAGCUCUGCUUCAACACAUCAUCCCCCUGACCAGGCUCAGAUAUUUUAGAUUUUAGUCAGUUCUAGGGCAAUUACAUUGUUUCAUGUAGCCACAGAGAAAUAUUUCUUCUCAAUUACAAUGAUGAAAGAUGAUAAAAAUGGAGUAGAAUAGGCUGAUAAUGAUCCUCCUACUGAAGCUGCUCAGAACCCCUUUCCACUACUGCCAGGCUAUGUGAAGCCUACGUGAUGAGCAGCCUGGCGUGGAGUCUUACUGGAACACGAUAAAGCACACACACCACAGAGGUUAAUAAGGAUUUGCUAUCUUGUUCUGUUUUGAGAGGGUCAUUGUCUGCACGGGUUCCUAUGUUUGGGGUUUAUGAAUGACGCUCAGGGAGAAGAGCGUGUGUAUUGAGGACAACGACUCUGGGACAGUGUGUGUGAGACAACCCAAACCAUUUGCCUGUGUGUACAAAAACUCAGUCUUUACAAAUUUAGAAACGCAAAGCACUUACAGUCCAGCUCAGGAAAUUAGGAAAAUCUUUGUAACAAGUAACAGUGUAACAGGUAAUAAUGUAAAACAUUUAAUAAUCUAAUGUAGCUAACGAUGAAAGUGGAAACUGUUAAGUACAGCUGGAGGGGUAGGAACAUGUAAUAAUGUAACACGUUUAAUAAUCUUUCAGAUGUAAUCACAAGAAAGUUUUAUGUCUUUGCUUUUGCCCUGACACUGCAAAUGUAUGUAACUGGAGCGACACGAGUUAGCUUGAGCUGAGUGUGUGUGAUUUCAGCUGUCACUACUGAACACAGCUGGAGUAAAGUGUGUGAUUUCAGUGGUCAGUACUGAGAACAGCUGGAGGAGAGUGUGUAGUGAUUUCAGUGGUUAGUACUGAGAACAGCUGGAGGUGAGUGGUGAUUUCAGCCUUCAGGCUGCAUGAUGCUAAGCAAGCGGUUCCUUUAGCCACGCAGCUGCAGUGAGACUAAAGAAGCAAAACUCAGAGGUUGUUUGAUUACACUUUAGCGAAUUACUGUACAUUUGAUUCUUCCUCAAACCAUUAUUUAAUUGCUAAUG